AUGGAGCGCAAAUUUGUAAAUGUAAUAUUACUCGGUUUUGGAUUCAUGUUUGUGUUUACAGCUUUCCAAACGAUGGGCAAUAUAGAGAAAACAAUCCUCGAUAGUAUAAGGCAAGAUGACCCAGAGUUCACCGGCGAUGGCUACACGUCACUUGCAAUCAUCUACGCCACGCUGGCUAUCUGCAACUGGAUGGCACCCUCUGUUAUCAGCCUCACGGGGCCCAGAGGCGCUAUGCUCAUUGGCGCACUGACAUAUUUAUUUUUCAUACUAACAUUCUUAAUCCCGCGGACAUGGCUGCUUUACGUAGCGAGCGUGUUGAUCGGGGCGGGCGCAGCAGCUAUAUGGACCGGGCAGGGAAACUACCUUACACUAAACAGUGAUGCAGAUACCAUUUCUAGAAAUUCUGGAAUAUUCUGGGCCAUGUUACAAUGCAGCUUAUUCUUUGGAAAUCUGUUCGUGUUCAUCAAGUUCCAAGGCAAGACCCACAUCGAUUUGGAAACAAGGAAUGUUGUGUUCGGAGCUUUGAGUGCUGUGUGUGCUGUCGGCAUCGUCUUCUUACUACUGCUCAGACCGACCAGACGGGCCCCCGCCAUUGACGAUGUAAAGAGUGAAAUGGCGGUAUCCGAGUCGGAAGGACCAAUGGAAGCGUUUAGAGGAGCUAUUCGUUUGUUCUGUACUAGCGACAUGAUGCUAUUGAGCGCCGCAUUUAUCUAUACCGGUGUGGAACUAUCUUUCUUCAGUGGUGUUUACAGUCCAAGUAUAGGAUUCACACUCGCUAUGGGAGAUAAUGCUAAGCAACUUGUAGGUCUCUCUGGUGUUUUCAUAGGAUUAGGAGAAGUCUUAGGUGGCGCUUUGUUCGGGAUUCUUGGCAGCAAGACCACAAGAUGGGGUCGCGAUCCCGUGGUCAUCAUGGGUUAUCUCAUCCACGUGACGAGUUUCUUCCUUAUCUUCAUCAAUUUACCCAAUGCAGCACCAUUCGGAGACACCAUGGACACCUCCUACAUCACCCCCUCACCAUACUUAGCGAUGUUCUGCAGUUUCUUACUAGGAUUUGGAGAUGCCUGUUACAACACUCAGAUAUACUCCAUGUUGGGAGGAAAAUACGCAGAUAACAGCACUUCUGCCUUCGCUCUGUUCAAGUUUACUCAGUCACUAGCAGCGGCCGCGUGUUUCUUCUAUUCGUCUCGUGCACCGCUCUCAGUGCAGCUGGGCGUGCUCGCGGUGCUGGCGUCGCUGGGCACGGCCGCCUUCUGCCGCGUGGAGUGGCGCGCGCGCGCGCGGGCGCGGGCGCAGGCGCUGGAGGCCAUGGACGACAAGAACUCCCCCGCCAUGCACUCGCUGGCCGACAACGCUCUACACUACGAU